UUAAUUUCUGAGUUGCAAUUGUCAUAUGGUCAAAGCAGCUUCCCUUUUAGUACUGAUGAGAGAGUCUCAAGUCUCAAACACCGCCACACUUCCACCACCACUGCCUCACUCAGCUCUGCAAAAGCCUAAAAAAGAGUGAACUUUGAGCGCCAUUACUGUUACUAUUAUAUUACUCCGUAUACUAAUUCCAAGACUCUCUUUUGAGAAGCAGCAGAAACCAAGAAAUCAAGCUAGACGCGGUGCCUGAAUCUUUCCGGUCAUUCAAUUCUUUACCAGGAAUCUAUCAUCCACAAGAUCUCACUCUUACUACCAUGAUUUGAUGCUUCGUGAAUGUUGAAAUGGGUGUGCCCAGAGAACUGUUUAGCUUUGUUUCUCUUUUGGUAGUGAUUCUUUCCAUUCUUGAGCUCAUUUCAGUGGCCAAAUCUGAAUCUGACUACACCACCUUGAUAUACAAGGGGUGUGCUAAGCAGUCUUUGUCAGAUCCAUCUGGGGUUUCCUCGCAAGCCCUCUCUUCCCUCUUUGGGACUCUGGUUGCGCAGUCCUCAAAGGCCAAGUUUUCCAAGACGACUACUGGGUCUAGCCAGAACACAGUCACGGGUCUCUUCCAGUGCAGAGGGGACUUAUCCAAUGUGGAUUGCUAUAACUGUGUGAGUAGGCUCCCAAUCCUCAUAGACAAGCUGUGUGGGAAGCCUGUGGCCGCAAGAAUUCAGCUUUUUGGGUGUUAUAUGCUGUAUGAGAUUGCUGGGUUCCCUCAGAUAUCUGGGAUGGAGAUGCUGUACAAGACUUGUAGCAGGAAGAAUGCUCCAGGGAGUGGGUUUGAAGAGAGGAGGGACACUGCUUUGUCUAAUUUGGCUGGUGGGAUUGGGAGUGCCAGUGGGUUUUAUACCACCAGUUAUGAGUCUGUGUAUGCCUUGGGUCAAUGUGAGGGUGAUGUGGGCAGUGCUGAUUGUGGUGACUGUGUGAAAAAUGCAGUCCAGAGAGCACAGGUUGAAUGUGGGAGCUCUAUUUCUGGCCAAAUCUUUCUGCACAAGUGUUUCAUCAGCUAUAAUUAUUACCCUAAUGGGGUCCCUAAAGGCUCUUCUUCUUCUUCUUCUUCUUCUUCUUCUUCUUCAUUCCCAUCUCCUUCUUCUACUUCUGCUUCAUACUCAUCUCCUUCACCAGGGUCACAGCAAAACACAGGGAAGACAGUGGCUAUAAUAUUAGGUGGAGCAGCAGGAGUGGGGUUUUUACUCAUCUGCAUGUUGUUUACUAGGAGUGUGAUGAAGAAACAUGAUGAUUAUUGAAGGGAACACUUGAAUUUUGAGGUGGACUAUUUCCUUGAAUUGGUUGGUCACUUUCAUAGAGGGCAAAAGGAGGGAUAAGAGAUGGGGAUGGUGUUGUGAAGGUGGAAGGGAAUGCUUUUAGGUUAAGGAGGGGGGCUAUUUGGGGUUUGGGGUAUGCAACUUAUGAUGAAUUGUCUUAGAAUUUUUGAGAAAUGGUGCAAGAAAAGAAUGCAUUUUUGUCCAUUAUGGAAAAGAUGGGCAAGAGCCCUGCUGGUUUUGGGCCUUUUUUUCCCAAUUGCCAUGUGCUCUUUGUCUCUUUUUCCUUGUCUAUAAUAAUCACUUUUCCAUUGUCUUAAAAAUCUGAUUCUUCACAUAAAGUCUUCACAAUUGCCAGUUCAUUUUACCCAUGUUUUAUUGUUGUAGAGCAUAUUUGUGCUUUUCUUUUCAUGAUAAUCUAUAUAGCUUGUUGGUUCAAGCAUCAAAGUCAAA